AUGAAUAGUCUCUUGGCGGGGCUUCUCUUGGCCUCAGAAAUCUUGUGUUUUUCGCAGGAAAUAAUUUCUACAAACUGCUCCAAAGGCAUCAUCCGAUACACAACCACACAUCGGUCACCACACCUUCUUGCAGUCGAAUACCCCUCAAACGUGAUUCCACACCUGAUAUCCACACCGGUCUACAGAAUUAUUGAGGAGAAACUGUCUACCAUUGUCAUCUUCCGUCUGGAAGGUAAGAGGGUACUGAAUGUUCCUUAUGAAAAGAACCUGUGCAGGGUCUGGGAGUGUUCGCCUUACAUCGAUGAGGGUGUUGUGAUCAAGGCCGUAGGGGCCAUUGGGAACAGGGUUGUUUGGAAGGACAGUGUUGUUGAUUGGGUUGUGAUUCCAGACUUUACUAUGCAGUUUGUGGCGUUCAACAGCUUCGGAAUACUUCUUACACUCAUAAUGAAGGUGUACUGUGACCCGGAGAAUGUUUUUCAGAGGACGGGAGGCCCCACGGAUUAA